AGAAGCAGGAACCGUAAACGAUCUCAUUUCUCUGAAAAAUCUCAGUCGUGUUAAAAGCAAAUGCGCGCGGAAGGUUCGAUCUCAUUCGGUUUUGACAGGAAUAUGUCGCUUCUAAUCAUUCUGCUGAGUGCUAGCGUUCUUUUAGAUUGCUGUGUAUUCAGUGUAUCAGAGGAACACAAAAAAUUGACAACUGAUUAUCCAUUAGAUGCAAUAAAUACAAAUACAAUGAAUGCGCCAUUAACACCUUUGCCAAAGAACGAAGUACGACAAUUUCAAGGAAAUUAUCCUAUUUUUCCAUUUAUACCUGGAUACAGACCGCAAAAAUGUCCCCUGUGCGACAGUUCGGUUUAUCCUUACUGCGGCGAAAAAUUAUUACAUGAUGCCUGCUGUUGUGUCGAUUCUCACGAUCUACCUUAUCAAUGUAAAUUAGCGGAUUGCCGAUUUUUGCACGCCAAUAGUUGUAGGGAACAUCGAUUAAUUGCAAACUGUUGCUGCAGCGAUGAUUAUCGCGCUGUCUUGAAGACUCUCGCACAAAGCUAAAUCUAUUAUAUAUUCCAUAAUUUAUC